AUGAAAGUUAUCUGGAAUUCUUGUAAUUACUACAAAAAAGCAGUUGAAUAUGCUGAGGAAUGGAUGAAAAAAGUCCGAUUUGAACUGAAAGAACUUUCUGUGGGAAUGUCUAAAUAUCCUUUUGAAUGUAGUCUGAUUAACUCACUUACUCAUUGCAAAGAAAUAAGAAUCGGGUCUGAUAGUUUGGAUGAUUUCCGUUGGUGGCUUCAAAAAAUGCCUGAAAAAGUGACUAGCAUAGCGUUAUUUCCAUUGGAGUCAGAAAGAGAAAAGUUCAUUUUCUCUCCAGGUAUUCUAGCACUCCCUCAGAUCAUGAACUCUCCAAAAAUCUACGUAGGUGGCAAAGCAGGUUUCCCUGAUGACCAAUUGAUUCGCUUGAAGGCAAAAGUGAUGAACUUCGACUGUAUAAACAUCACAGAUGAGAAUUGGAUUAAUGGAAAAGGUAUCCAUGACUUCAGACAACUACUUCUCUGGUCUACUCAACCGAGAGAUCAUUCUAUCGUUACACGUGGUAUACAGAUUCGGCCAUGGGAUGAGGGAUUCAGACAAGAAGCACGAGGAUUCUGUGACGAUUUCGAUCGUUGUUGUGGCCGUGGAUGGGCAUGCCAAAUCACCAGCAAAAUCAAUCCGUUCCAAAGGUUGACCAUCUGUAUUAACGAAGAUCGUACUUCAAUUUAUGCAACUGGGAAGAGGAUGGAAUGGGGUGGAAAAGUAUAUACGGACUACAGUAUUCCUUCAACCUAUUUUUCUUGA